AUGGCCUAUCCAAAUGCAGAGGCAGAGGCCGUUCCUGCACCGCGGAGAGUUGCCAUUUACGGAGGAGCCUUCGACCCUCCGACGAACUCCCACUUGACAUGCGCGGCAGAGAUUGUGCACAGCGGCUGUGCUGAUGAAGUCUGGCUCGUGCCAUGCGGGCCACGCCCAGACAAGCCGAAGUUGAAGACGCCGGCGAUCGACCGGUACUGCAUGUGUCAGAUAGCGGUGAACACCGUCUUCAGCCCCGAUUUUCCGGUCAAGGUCUCUGACGUUGACAUUGGCAAAAAGAUGGCUGCGUUCACGUACGAUCUUCUUGUCGAACUUAAGGAGAGAAGUCCCAGCACAGAGUUUGCGUUUGUGAUCGGGUCCGACUGGCUCCAGCCGGGGACAAAUCUGGCGGAGUGGACGUCCCUGAAUCCCGAGUGGAAGGAGGGGAUGCCGGAGGCGCAGAGGGAAAUCGUCACAGGGCACAAGCUGCUCCAAGAGUUCGAGUUUCUCGUCGUCCCUCGACCCGGGUAUGACGUAGCUAGGACUGAGGCAGAUCCCACCGGACUUAGGGCUUUUGGACCACGGCUUAGGUGGAUGGAGAUGCCAGAGCAGUUCCACUUCAUCGAGGGCAACCUGUCUUCAACCGAGAUCAGAACACGAACGCAGUACACGUGGCGAGUCAAGGAGGCUGCCAAGGGUGGAGGGGCAAUCGAGGGCCUAGUGCCUCCAGGUGUGCUGGCUUACAUCCGCCGGGGACGGCUCUACAGACCGUAA